AUGAAGCUCGUUUUAGGAUUGCUUGGGUUAUUGUGCCUGAUGGCUCUAGUCCAUGGGGACGAAGACGACAGUGAAGACCUCACCCCUGCUGAAUCCGCCCAGUAUGGCGGAUAUGGGGGCUACCCUGGGGGCGGUUACGGAGGUUAUGGAGGCUACCCUGGGGGCGGUUACGGAGGUUAUGGAGGCUAUGGUGGCGGCGGCUAUGGAGGUUAUGGUGGCGGCCGCUAUGGAGGCUACGGAGGAUACGGAGGAUAUGGUGGUCAUGGCCAUCAUCAUCAUCAUCAUCAUCAUCAUCAUCAUGGUUAA